AUGAAGAUAUAUCCAAAUUCAAACAGACUUGUAAAAGUUCAGCCAGUUAUAAAUUAUUUAAAGAAAAGGUUUGUUGAUAUAUAUAAACCUUGUCAACAAUUAUCAUUAGAUGAAUGUAUUAUUCCGUGGCGAGGAAGACUAUCAUUCAGAACCUACAAUCCUGCGAAAAUUGUAAAGUACGGCAUACUUGUGAGAGCAGUCUGUGAAACACACACGGGAUACAUUUGUAAUUUUCAAGUGUAUGCUUGCCAAGGAAUGAAAUUGGAAAACACUAUUCUAGAAGUUAUUGAUCCGUAUAAAAAUCUUUGGCAUCACAUUUAUCAGGACAAUUAUUAUAACAGUGUCCAUAUGGCUGAAGUACUCCUGCAAAACAAAGUACGGGUAUGUGGGACCAUUCGGAAAAAUAGAGGUCUUCCACAAUGUCUUCAAAACAUAACCCUUUCAAAUGGUCAAGCUACAUUUCGUAGAAAAAACGAUAUUCUGUUACAAAUAUGA